GGAGAACGUCCUCACCCAGGAGGCGCUAGAGCUGCACCUCGAGGCGGCGCUGGCAGCCAGCAAGAUCCUGGGAUUUGAACAAAAUCUGCUACAAGUCUGGUGUCCCCAUCAUUGAGAACAGCAUGAUCGAGCGGAUGAUCGAGAAGCUUUUCCCCUGCGUGAUCCUGACCCCGCUGGACUGCUUUUGGGAUGGCGCCAAGCUGCAAGGAGGCUCCGCCUACCUCCCGGGGCGGCCGGACAUCCAGUGGACGAACCUGGACCCCCUGCAGCUGCUGGAGGAGCUGGGCCAGUACACCCCGCUGGAGGGCUUCCGGGAGCUGCUGGACAAGGCGCAGGUGGGACAGGCCUAUGUGGAGCGGCCCUGCCUCAACCCCCGCGAGCCCGCGUGCCCCGCCAGCGCCCCCAACAGGCUGAGCCAGCAGGACCCCGACAUCCCUGCCGAGCUGACGGGGGGCUGCCACGGCUUCUCCCGGAAAUUCAUGCACUGGCAAGAGGAGCUGAUCCUGGGUGGCACCACGAAGGACCCGCAGGGCAGGCUGCUGAGCGCUGAGGCCCUGCAGAGCAUGUUCCUGCUCAUGAGCCCGCGGCAGCUCUACGAGCACUUCAAGGACGACUACGAGAUCCAGGACAUCGGCUGGAGUGAGGAGAAGGCAGCUGCCAUCCUGGAGGCCUGGCAGAGGGAGUUCGUGGAGCUGGCGCAGGAGUCCCUCCCGCAGAACAGCUCCCAGCGUGUCCACGCCUUCUCCACCACCACGCUCAGCGACAUCAUGAAGUCCUUCUCGGACGUGAGCGCCAUCCGCGUGGCCGGGGGCUACCUCCUGAUGCUGGCGUACGCCUGCGUGACCAUGCUGCGCUGGGACUGCUCCAAAUCCCAGGGGGCCGUGGGCCUGGCCGGUGUCCUGCUGGUGGCCCUCUCCGUGGCGUCAGGACUCGGGCUCUGCUCGCUGCUGGGGAUCUCCUUCAACGCAGCCACCACCCAGGUGCUGCCGUUCCUGGCCCUGGGCAUUGGGGUGGACGAUAUGUUCCUCCUGGCUCACGCCUUCACCGAGACCAGGCAGCACGUCCCCUUCACGGAGCGGACGGGCGAUUGCCUGAGACGCACAGGCACCAGCGUGGCCCUCACCUCCAUCAGCAACAUGAUCGCCUUCUUCAUGGCAGCCCUGGUGCCCAUCCCUGCCCUGCGCGCCUUCUCCCUGCAGGCUGCCGUGGUGGUGGUGUUUAACUUCGCCAUGGUGCUGCUCAUCUUCCCGGCCAUCCUCAGCCUGGACCUGCACCGACGCCAGGACCAGCGGCUCGACGUCCUGUGCUGCUUCUACAGCCCGUGCUCCUCCCGUGUCAUCCAGAUCCAGCCGCAGGAGUACGCCGACGCCGGCGAGACCCACGCCUCUCCCCCCUCGCCCUACGGGCACCCAGCCGUGGCCACCAGCACCCAGAUCACCACCACGGUACAGGCCUUCGCCCGCUGCGACCCCUCAGGCCGGCACGUUGUCACCAUCCUGCCGCCCACCGCCCAGGUGUGCACCGCGCCACUGGCCCCCGCCGAUCCGCUGGGCUCCCAGCUCUUCGCCCCGGCCAGCUCCACCCGCGACCUGCUGGCCCAGCUGGACGGGGCCAAGGGGGGCCGGGAGUGCGUGCCGCUGCCCCUGUGCCGCUGGAAUCUGGCCGACUUCGCCAGGGAGAAGUACGCCCCCCUCCUGCUGCAGACCCAGACCAAGGGCAUCGUGGUGCUGCUGUUCCUGGCGCUGCUGGGCCUCAGCCUGUACGGCAGCACGCUGGUGCACGACGGGCUGUACCUGACGGACAUCGUGCCGCGGGGCACCAAGGAACACGCCUUCAUCGCCACCCAGUCCAAGUACUUCUCCUUCUACCACGUCUUCAUCGCCACCCAGGGCGGCUUCCACUACCCCAGCUCCCAGGAGGCGCUGUACGGCCUGCACCGGGCCCUGGGCGCCCUGCAGCACGUGGUGCGCGACCACGCCCGCCAGCCGCCCAAGAUGUGGCUGCACUACUUCCAGGACUGGCUGCGAGGCCUGCAGGCCGCCUUCGACAAGGAGUGGCAGGCCGGGCGCAUCACCCGGGACAGCUACCGGAACGGCUCCGAGGACGGCGCGCUGGCCUACAAGCUGCUCAUCCAGACGGGCGACAAGAAGGAGCCGUUCAACUACAACCAGCUCACCACACGCCGCCUGGUCGACGAGAACGGCAUCAUCCCCCCAGAGACCUUCUACAUCUGCCUGACUGUGUGGGUGAGCAAUGACCCGCUGGGCGUCGCCGCCUCCCAUGCCAACUUCUACCCCCCGCCGCCCGAGUGGAUCCACGACAAGUACGAUGCCACCGGCGAGAACCUGCGAAUCCCUGCAGCCCAGCCCCUGGAGUUCGCCCAGUUCCCCUUCUACCUGAGCGGCCUGCGCCAGACUGCGGACUUCGUGGAGGCCAUCGAGAGCGUGCGGGCCGUGUGCGAGGAGGCGGCCCGGGAGCGCGGCGUGGCCAGCUACCCCAGCGGCUACCCCUUCCUCUUCUGGGAGCAGUACAUCGGCCUGCGCCACUGGUUCCUGCUGGCCGUCAGCAUCGUGCUGGCCUGCACCUUCCUGGUGUGCGCCGUGCUGCUGCUCAACCCCUGGACCGCCGGCAUCAUCGUGGCCGUGCUGGCCAUGAUGACGGUCGAGCUCUUCGGGAUCAUGGGGCUGAUGGGAAUCAAGCUGAGCGCCAUCCCGGCCGUGAUCCUCAUCGCCUCGGUGGGCAUCGGCGUCGAGUUCACCGUCCACGUGGCCCUGGGGUUCCUGACGGCCAUGGGCAGCCGGACGCUGCGCUCGGCCCUGGCCCUGGAGCACACGCUGGCGCCCGUGCUGGACGGGGCGCUCUCCACGCUGCUGGGCCUACUCAUGCUGGCCGGCUCCGAGUUCGACUUCAUCCUGAGGUAUUUCUUUGCCGUGCUCACCGUCCUGACUGUCUUGGGCCUCCUGAAUGGCCUGGUGCUGCUGCCUGUCCUGCUGUCGGUCAUCGGGCCCCCAGCCGAGGUCAUCCCAGCCGAUAAUGGCAGCCGCCUGCCGUCACCAGAGCCCAUCCCCCCACCCAUCAGCCAUCACGGCUUCUACAUGCGGCCGCCCCCGGCCUGGCCCGGCGCCUUCGCGGACUCCCUGGACUCGGAGUACUACUCGGAGAGCACCGCGGGCUCGGGGCUGCCCUACGACCCCGGCGCCUACAUCCUGCCGCCCGCCCCGGCCCGGGUCCUGGUGCAGGCCGGCAGGAACCCCAGCUUCCCCACCAUCACGGUGGUGAAAACCUACCAGGAGAACCAGGAGCCGCCGGGGAAGAAGGAGCCACCGAGCACCAGCCAGCCCCAGUCCCUGCCUGCCAGCGACUCCCUCCCAUCGGCCGGCCCGGAUCUCAGGGACUUGCCCCAGCACAGACUGCCCCGGCCCGGCCCCCCCGGCGCCAGGACUGCCCCGCACCGAGCCCCCCGGCCCCUGCGGACUGCCCUCCCCGCCUACAGCGGCAGCUACACCACGGUGACGGCCACGGCCUCCGUGACACUGGCCCUGCACCCCCCGCUGCCGGGCUCCCUGCAGGGUUACACCCAUGACAGCUACGAGCACAGCGAGUCGGACUGCCCGGAGCCCGGCUCAACCGUGCCCAAGACCCUCGCGCUCCACCACCCGGGACGGGCAGACGGCUCCGCGAGGCCAUAGGUUGCCCUGGGAAGCGCUGUGGUUCCUAGCCGACGCCGGCCGUGCAUCCGGCUCCAGCGCCCGUGCCCAGGGAGCGGGCAGAGCGGAGAAGAGACGCUGCGAGCACUGGCACCCUUGCGUGGACGCCAGCUGAACACUCAGCUGCAGCGAGCUGUGACCUGCGCCAGGCGCUGCCAGCAGGAGCAGUGCCCACGGGCGGGGCAGGAGCAGGGCUGCCGCCAUCCCUGCAUUGUGCUGCUAUU